CACAUCAUUCUCACACUAAAAAUAUCCUUCCCCAUAUCAAUCUCUAUAGCUCUACAUACCUACACAUUUCUUUAUAUUACCAGCUCAUAAAUACCAUGUCUCUUUUGGUUGAUACCGCUUUUGCCACAGCCGCAAGGGCUACCCCAUCUACGUUGACCAGAGUCUACGUCACACAACGUUCCACUACCUCCGUUUCCUCUCCUUCCACUACAUCCGUAUCUACUGUCUCCUUUAUGCAAGGCUUGAGGAGAGUUGGUGGAUCCUCUUUGACGGUAGACCUCAUUGCAGGCACAACGACUACCACCGCCGCUCCCAAUCUUAUUCUUUAUGACUCCACGUACAGCUCCGGCGCUGCUGCUGUUACUAACUACGUUAUCACGGAGACCGAUGAAAAUAAUGGUGUACAGAACGUCACCAGUACUGCGACCGCCAGUGUUUCGGCUGUUGUCCCUACGGCACUGACAACUUCGGCAACGAACGCGGCUCCUCGUAUGGAUAAUCCGUACUUAGGAAACAAGAAAAUGGUGAUGGCUACAGCCUUAAUGGCUCUUACGGCUGUCUUUGGGACUCUUUAAACAAUGCAUUCCCUGUCUAACGAACUCAAUCACCAAAACUAUCUUGCAUGGUUAUCUGGAGCCAUCCAGCGGCCCACCCUUUGCUUUCUCCACUACGGUUUCUGUUAUUAACUUUAAAGUGAUAGAUAGUGUUUGCACGCAUAUUUAUAUAAACCAAAUGCUAUUCCUCGGCUCUUAUGGAGAGGUUCCGUUAUGCCCCUCGGUCUUUUUUCCCUUUCGAGUCUCGUCUUGCUUUAUAUUGAUGUCUAUUAUUUAUUCAGUAAUACCCAAGUACACCCCCA